CGGCCCCCGCCUGCCCAUGCGGGGCGGCCCCGGGCGGCAGAGCCGCUUCAGCCUCCCCGCGGGCCGGGCCGGGCGGCGCAGGAUGGGGCUGGAGCUGUACCUGGACCUGCUCUCGCAGCCCUGCCGCUCCAUCUACAUCUUCGCCCGGAGCAACAACAUCCCCUUCGAGUUCAAGCAGGUGGAGCUCUUCAAAGACUCGGUGCUGGGGAAGAAGCCGGCGGCGGGGAGCGGCGAGGAGCCGUCCCGCGCAGGGCCAUCAAACAGUGACAGAGCCAGCAAAGUCAGCCUCCUGAAGAAAGUACCAGCUCUAAAGGACGGAGACUUCACCCUAGCAGAAUGCACGGCCAUUCUGCUGUACCUGAGCCGAAAGUACAACACUCCUGACCACUGGUACCCAUCAGACAUACAAAAACGGGCCCGGGUAGAUGAAUACCUCUCAUGGCAUCAUGCUAACAUCCGGGCCAAUGCUCCUAAGACCAUGUGGAUCAAGCUGCUGAUUCCCCUCAUCACAGGGCAGCCCCUGCCUGCUGAGAAGCUCCAGGAGGUUAUGGAGGGGCUGUUCGCUUCCCUGAAGCAAUUUGAGGAGAGGUUUCUGCAGGACAAGGCUUUUAUCAUUGGGAGCGAGAUCUCUCUGGCAGAUCUUGUGGCCAUCGUGGAGCUGAUGCAACCUGUUGGAGUCGGUUGUGACAUCUUUGAGGACAGACCCAGGCUGCUGGCGUGGCGCAGGCGGGUGGAGGAUGCUGUGGGGAAAGAGCUUUUCUUCCAAGCCCACGAGAUGCUCCUCAAUAUCAAAGAACUGAGCAACAUUCAGAUCGAUCCACAGCUGAAAGAACAUCUGACACCUUUGUUGAUGAAGAUGUUGAAAUGAAUUAACCUAUCUUAACCAUGUUUUCCUGCCCUUUGUUUUUUAACUUCUCUGACCUCUAAUUCUACAUGCAACUGGAAAAAGCACAGUAAUUCUAACACAGAAAUUGCAGGGUGUCUCUCCCCUCCCCAAACUUUUCCUUUGUCUUUGGGGGUGGAAGCUGGGGAAGUUUUAAGAUGUGAAACAUUAAAUUUAUACAACAGGCUGAGGCCCUACACGUCAUUUAACAUGUGCAUCCGGGUUGUUUAGUUUUUUUUUAUUUCAGUGUCAGUCUUCUCAGAGAUGAUGGAGAUGUGAACAGUAUUUCUAGACAAAGUUUGACCAGCCUGCAAACUGGAAACAUUAAACAACUGUGCAGGAUGAGGAUUGUUGUUUUUAUGUGGUUUUAACAUUUGCGGCUCCUUCUCAAGUGGCAAGCACUGCAUAGCGUGCCUGAUCUUCACUUCACGUGAGGAUCUGUGCACACGUUUGCACAGACAAGUACAGAGCAAACUACAGGCAGCCACAAUAGUGAAGAAAGUAAUGGAAUCUUUUUUUCAGUUGGUUGUUGCUGAGGCAUCUUGCUUGGCUGCUCCUGUACAUUCAACGCUUCUUCUAUUUACCUUUAGGUUCCUGUGAGAAGUUUCUUCAUAUUCAUCUACAACUGUGAAUCUUCAUAAUUCUUCAGGUUAAUCACUGCUCUUGAUUUUUGAAAUCCCGGGUUUCGGUGGUGCUCGGUUUGCCGGUACACAUGUGGCAGCAGCUGUUCUUGGAGGUGUGUGUAGUAAAGGCCAAGCCACUUAAAAAAGCUGAGGGUGGCCAGCCUUUGAAUAAGUGCCUAUCUAAAAUACUCUGUUGAUAUUAUAUAGCGAAUACACUGAAAGAGUCUCUUCACAGUUAUUGACUGAAAGAGAAUAUAAUAGCAAUCAAAUUGGCUUUUUUCCAUCAUAAUACUGUGAAAGCAAUCCACAUGUCUAGUAGAAAAUGGAGAGGGCGAAAUAAAUCUAGACAUGACCUUCUAAGACUGUUUUGGAUGGACGUUCACCAAGGAAGUCAACCUGUGCAGCUGAAGUAAUAAGAGAUUUUGUGGCGUUGAGCAACAAACGCAGCACAAGGGCAGAGAGUUGCUUUGGAGCUUUGGGGCUCUUUUUCUUGGCUGUGUUUGUUUCUGGUUAGCCGUAGCUCAAAUACAAAACUCUUUUGUACUGCAGCAUGAUUUACGAGGUAAAACCGAGAGAAUCCAACCAUUUCGACUUUCUUCAGUCGAAAAAAGCAAAUUGUAAAGGAUGCAGAAACUCGUGGAAUAUAAAUCUCUGCAUCCUUCCAUUUACGAGUAGAUGUUGCCCUUGAACCUUCCCUGAAAUCCUUGCCCAAGAACUUUUUCUGUAAGGAAUAAGACGAAAUGUGUAAAUAAUUCAGGAAUUGCUUCUCUCGCUAAUCAAAUAGCUUCUUUUCUUUCCAGUACUACUAUGUCUUGGCUAGUGACAUUUUAUAAAACCUGACGUAUUCUGGUGAUGUUUUUCACUAAGGUUUCAGUCCUAGAUAGUACUGAUUCAGUCCAGAGCCUAGAGAGAUCCUUAAAUUCUCUGUCUGGACAAAGAACUCCAUUAUAUACUUCAUCUUGCAUUAGCAGGAAAUUUUGGGGUUGGAUUGUGUUCUCUUGUCUUUAUAGCGACAUGACUGAAGGCGCCCGCUUUUCAUGAACCAAAAAUAUUAGAAACAGACACGCAUCUAUUCCUACCUUUUCUUCCCCCAAAAUAGCUGAAUAAUAUGUUUUUAUUCAUAAAGUAAUGUCUACAACCGAGUUAAAUUUCACAUGGGAAGUGGCUGAUUUUUUUUCUGUUAAUUUUGAAAGUGGGAUUGCUAAGUGGAUGAUGACAUGUGCAAAUGUCUGCAGGAAGGAAAAAAUUAGCAUGGUUUUCCAAAGGCUGAGCAUGGCUGAGACGAUGUGCUGAUGUGAUAUUCUCUCUUGCUUGUAUAUUCAUCCCCCUACAAGCAUUUUUAUUGCCCACUCCAAGACAGAAACAAUAAAACAAAUGUCUCUAGUUUAACAAAAACUCUGGGAGGCCAUGAACAAGCUGUCACUCACAUGGUGAACCAUGAAGAGCAAAGGACAAUGCAAAAUUAAAGGUGUUUGUGACAGCCCCA